GUAUUUCUAGCAAUUAGAGAUGCGUUGUGGAAAGCGAGCUGCCUUUCACUGGGGCAGAUAGUAUUUGGCAGUUGAUUGGGGCAGAAACACCAUCCUUCCCUCCCAAGCAGGCCUAUCCAUAAUUACAACCCACCAUCCUCAUUUGGUAAUCGCAUCGCUUCGCAUCGCAUCGCUAAUCUGCUAAUCGAAUCUGCUAAUCGCAUUGCGUCGGAUCAGUCUUGCUCGCGAGCUGCCUUUCACUGGAGCGUCAUCUGCCUGGCGAUUUGUCUCGCGAAUUUCGCAUCCCAUCGUCACUGAGUGACCCGUGCACCACGCGCCGCGUUGCUCGUCGCUCGUCGCGUCGUCCCCCUCGCCGCCAUGCAGAAGGCAUCGCGGCCGGGCGACGCGGGCAUGUCGAGCAUGGAGCGAGUGAAUGCGGAGCUCUUCACGCUGACGUACGGCGCCAUGGUGCGGCAGCUGCUGACGGACCUGGAGGACAUAGAGGAGGUCAACAAGCAGCUGGAUGCAAUGGGUUACAACAUUGGGGUGCGGCUGAUAGACGAGUUUCUCUCCAAGGCCAAUGUCACGCGCUGCUCUGACUUCAAGGAAACUGCUGACAUCAUUGCAAAGCUCGGCUUCAAGAUGUUUCUGGGCGUGACGGCCACGGUGACCAACUGGAACGCAGAGGGCAGCGAGUGCAGCCUGGUGCUGGACGACAACCCCCUGGUGGACUUCGUUGAGCUCCCAGAGUCCUGCAGCUCCUUGGUCUACUGCAACCUGCUGUGCGGUGUCAUCAGGGGGGCGCUGGAACAGGUAUCGCUACGGGUAGAGGUGAAGUUUGUGCGCGACAUGCUGCGGGGUGACGACGCGUUUGAAAUGAGGGUGAAGCUCAUAGAGCAGAUGGCCGAGGUGUACCCCUUCAAAGAUGCCGACUAACCCCAUACUCCACGCGGACUAGUGCUGCAGCAGUCAUUGUUGCCUUGUACUGUAUUUACAAUGCGACUGAGAUGAGGGUGAAGCUCAUAGAGCAGAUGGCCGAGGUGUUCACCUUCAAGGACGCCGACUAGCGGCUACCAGUGCGCUGCACUCCAUGGGCCAUGGUGCUGCUCUGCUGGAUUCCAAUAUUUACCAAUACC